AUGGACAACUCGCAAGAUGAAUCAGAAAAUGACGAGCAAGAGCUAGAUGUGAGGGAGUUUGCCAUGGAGAACUCGCAAGAUGAAUCAGAAAGUGACGAGCAAGAACAAUUCUUGGAAAUGAAACCAUUGCGGUCAUUAGCACCAAUGUUCCUGCUUCCUAUGGGAUAUGAUGUGGCAACUCAAUCAACUGAUCCAAUGCUAGUUUUUGUCACACCAUUCAGGCCCUGCACAUCGCCGGAACAGUCUCCAGCUUCAUUGGGUCAACCCUUACCAAAGUCACCAAUUCCUCUCAAGGCUACUCCAAUCUCAGCUGCAUUUCCCAUGCCACGACACAAAGGUGGAUCGUCACAUGAUCCUCUGAAGGAUGCUCCAAUGUCAGCGGCAUUUCCCAUGCCACGACACAAAGAUGAACCAUCAGAUGAUCCUCCCAAGGCUACUCCAAUCUCAGCUGCAUUUCCCAUGCCACGACACAAAGAUGAAUCCUCAGAUGAUCCUCUCAAGGCUACUCCAGUCUCAGCGGCAUUUUGCAUGCCACGACACAAAGAUAAAUCAUCAGAUGAUCCUCUCAAGGCUACUCCAAUGUCAAGGUCAUUUCCAAUACCACGACAUGAAGAUGAAUCAUCAGACGCAGACUACAAGCCCUUUUCUGGUCAGAAAAAACCAACACCGCUGAAGACAGCCAAGAGGAUUCAGCAGGCUGAAUGCUCCAAUGCAGCUAACACCAAGCGCAGGUCAAUACAGAGAAGCCUCAACAAAGAGCUUGCCUUCAGUUCAUUCUUGUCAAGCGACCCAAAUGAAUCUGUCGAAGAGGCGAUGAUAAUGUUUGAUUCACUUCGGCGUCGCAUACUGCAAUUGGAUGAAAAGGAGGACGCAGGCAAGCGGGCCGACUUGAAGGCUGGAAGUCUCAUGAUGCAGAAUGGCCUGAGGAUCAACAGUUCGAAGAUCAUAGGACCUGUACCUGGUGUUGAAAUUGGAGACAUUUUCUUCUUCAGGAUUGAAAUGUGCAUUGUUGGUUUACAUGCACCUGCCAUGGCUGGCAUCGAUUACAUUUCUGCUAAGCAUGCUGGAAAAGAUGAGAUUCUGGCGAUCAGCAUCAUCUCAUCUGGUGGUUAUGAGAAUGACGACAAUGACACGGACAUUUUGGUGUACACAGGUCAGGGAGGCAAUAGUCGGCACAAGGAUAAGCAUGACCAGAAGCUUGAAAGAGGCAACCUUGCUCUCAUGAAUAGCAUGAAAAAGAAAAGCCUGAUCAGGGUUGUGCGCAGCGCACAGGACCCUUUCUGCAACUCGAGCAAAAUUUACAUCUAUGAUGGACUUUACCGGGUCGAAGAUUCCUGGACGGACAGAGCAAAGAAUGGUUUUAGUGUUUUCAAGUACAAGCUGAGAAGGGAGCCGGGACAGCGAGAUGGAAUUUCAGUUUGGAAGAAGACUGAGAAGUGGAAAGCAAAUCCUGCGACAAGAAACAAUGUUAUAAGGGUGGAUAUAUCAUCAAAAGCUGAGAAGCUACCUGUAUGCCUUGUUAGUGAUGUAGAUGACCAGAAAGGGCCAAGCUACUUCAACUAUAUUACUGGAGUGGAGUAUUCAAGGCCACUCAGCAAGACAAAACCUUUACAAAGCUGCAAGUGUCCUAGUGUGUGCUUGCCUAAUGAUACUAAUUGCUCAUGUGCACAACUGAACAGUGGUUAUCUUCCUUACAGCGCCAAUGGAGUGCUUGUGAAGCACAUUCCAAUGCUUUAUGAGUGCUCCUCCACGUGCCAGUGUUGUCAAAAUUGUCGAAACAGGGUCACACAGAAAGGUGUCAAUCUUAACUUUGAGGUCUUCUGGACUGGGGACUGCGGAUGGGGUGUCCGGUCCUGGGAUCCCAUCCGUGCUGGCACAUUCAUCUGUGAGUAUGCUGGUCAAGUCAUUGAUGAAACAAAUAUGAACAUGGGUGAUGAGGAAGAUGAAUAUACCUUUUGCACAUCAUGGCACAGUGACAAGGUUUCAAGAUGGAAUCUGGGAGCAGAAUUACUUGAAGAAAAAAGUGAUAAUACUACAACAGAGAAUCUGAAGAGGCUGCCUAUUGUCAUAAGUGCAAAACGUUCAGGCAAUGUGGCUCGUUUUCUAAAUCAUAGCUGUUCGCCAAACGUCCUUUGGCAGCCCGUGCAGUAUGACCAUGGCGAUGACAGUAACCCACAUAUCAUGUUUUUUGCGAUGAAACAUAUUCCUCCCAUGACCGAACUGACCUAUGAUUAUGGUACAAGAGGAGCUCCUCCCGGCAUUAAGGGAAAAUUUCCAAAUGUUUGUAAACUCAAGCCAUGCUUCUGUGGCUCCACCAAUUGCCGAGGUUCUUUCUGA